UAUUUCUCCAUCCCUGAAGCUCCGUAACACACGGAAUAUCGUGAAUACAGACGAAGGGUUUAGGGUUUAGCCCGCUAAACCCACAGCUCGUCGUCAUGGCCGGCUUCCGGAGAACCUCCGCACCGCGCCUGCUCUAUACUUUCUAUUCCUCUCCCAUCUCUCGUUCAUCUCCCUCACCAGCCAUCGCUCUCCUCCUUGGAAACUUCCACCUCCGGUAUUCUUCGAAUGCGGCCCGUGUGAAGGAGGACAAGGAGUCAUGGUGGAAGGGAUCCAUGGAGAAGCUCCGCAACAUCGGGAUUUCUGCGCAUAUUGAUUCCGGCAAGACGACGCUGACCGAGAGAAUUCUGUAUUAUACGGGUAGAAUUCAUGAAAUCCACGAGGUUAGAGGAAAAGAUGGAGUUGGUGCUAAGAUGGAUUCGAUGGAUUUAGAGAGAGAGAAGGGGAUCACAAUUCAGUCCGCUGCCACUUACUGUACUUGGAAUGGUUACCAGAUUAAUAUUAUCGAUACCCCUGGUCACGUUGAUUUCACAAUCGAACAACAACGUAAAGAACAUNUGAGAAGAUACGAAGUUCCUAGGCUUGCAUUUAUUAAUAAACUUGACAGGAUGGGUGCUGAUCCGUGGAAGGUUUUGAAUCAGGCAAGGUCUAAACUCCGGCAUCAUAGCGCUGCUGUGCAAGUCCCAAUUGGCUUGGAAGAGGAAUUUAAGGGUCUUAUUGACCUUGUACAACUUAAAGCUUACUAUUUUCAUGGUUCCAAUGGCGAGAAAGUUACCACUGAAGAAGUUCCUGCAGACAUGGAGGCUUUAGUCACUGAAAAGAGGCGUGAACUAAUAGAAAUGGUUUCAGAAGUAGAUGAUAAACUUGCUGAAGCAUUUCUUAGUGAUGAACCUAUAUCACCUGCAGAUCUUGAGGCUGCAGUUCGUAGGGCUACUGUUGCGCGAAAGUUCAUACCUGUAUUCAUGGGUAGUGCAUUUAAAAACAAGGGAGUACAACCACUUCUAAACGGAGUACUUAGUUACUUGCCUUGUCCAACUGAAGUUAGUAAUUAUGCAUUGGACCAAAUGAAGAAUGAAGAGAAGAUUAUGUUGAAUGGUACUCCAGAUGGACGGCUUGUGGCAUUAGCAUUUAAGUUGGAGGAAGGUCGUUUUGGUCAGCUGACAUAUUUAAGAAUCUAUGAAGGCGUCAUCAAGAAGGGAGAGUUUAUUGUCAAUGUAAACACAGGCAAGAAAAUUAAGGUUCCUCGCUUGGUACGUUUGCAUUCUGAUGAGAUGGAGGAUAUUCAAUCGGCACAUGCUGGGCAAAUAGUUGCAGUUUUUGGUGUAGACUGUGCAUCAGGAGAUACAUUUACGGAUGGGUCAGUUAAAUACACCAUGACCUCUAUGAACGUCCCUGAGCCAGUGAUGUCAUUGGCAGUACAACCGGUUUCAAAAGAUUCUGGAGGACAGUUUUCAAAGGCUUUGAAUCGAUUCCAAAAAGAGGACCCUACUUUUCGUGUUGGGUUAGACCCAGAGAGCGGGCAGACAAUAAUUUCAGGAAUGGGAGAGUUGCAUUUGGAUAUUUAUGUUGAGCGCAUUAGGAGAGAGUACAAGGUUGAUGCAACUGUUGGCAAACCUCGUGUGAACUUCAGAGAGACUGUCACUCAGCGUGCUGAAUUUGAUUAUUUACAUAAAAAACAGACAGGAGGCCAAGGCCAGUAUGGACGAGUAUGUGGAUAUAUUGAACCACUUCCUCAAGGAUCACCAACUAAAUUUGAGUUCGAGAAUAUAAUUGUCGGACAAGCUAUACCAUCAAAUUUUAUCCCUGCAAUUGAGAAGGGCUUUAGGGAAGCCGCCAACUCCGGCUCAUUAAUUGGUCAUCCCGUCGAGAACCUUCGUGUUGUACUGACUGAUGGUGCUUCCCAUGCUGUUGAUUCCAGCGAACUUGCCUUUAAGUUAGCUGCAAUAUAUGCAUUUAGACAGUGUUACACAGCUGCAAGACCGGUGAUAUUGGAGCCUGUCAUGGUGGUGGAAGUAAAAGUACCUACAGAAUUUCAGGGCACCGUUGGUGGUGAUAUCAACAAGCGAAAAGGUGUUAUUGUUGGAAAUGACCAGGAUGGAGAUGAUUCUGUAAUUACUGCAAAUGUUCCAUUAAAUAAUAUGUUUGGGUACUCGACAUCUCUUCGUUCGAUGACUCAGGGUAAAGGAGAGUUCACCAUGGAGUACAAAGAGCAUUUACCAGUUUCUAAUGAUGUCCAGAUGCAAUUAGUGAGCAACUACAAAGGCAGCAAGCCAGUUGAGUAGAGUAGUUGCCUGCAUGUAAGGUGUCUUCCCUUUUCUUAAUUUAUAAUUACCGUUAUUGUUUGGCUGGUGAUAGGCAAUAGAUUUUGGAAACAACCAAAUAGAAUAAUGACCUUUGGUGUAAUGGCGUACAGCUUUGCUUAUAACACUUUUGUAUUUAGUUUCCUAAGCAAUAUAAUUUCUAGAAAGAUUAUAUUCA